AUGCGCGAACACACUCUUGUGCUGCUCUCCACUGCCCUUGCAUGCUCUCGCUUGGCAUGGCAUUGCUUAUUCUCCGAUGCCAAGCCUGACCAUUCUAUUUACUCUAGCGCGAAGCUCUGGGAGGAGUGGGUGACAUUCCGAGAUAAGCAGGUCAUCGGCGCGGAAUUUCGAUCAGCACGCAGCGUUUCGGACACCGAGCAUGAGCACGAUCUCGCUUUGUGCGGUUCUGGCGUUCCAUGCAUAUGCCAGAGGCCCGUGGAUCUGAAAUUUGAUCGGGAGAGACACAAGCCGGACGGACUUACUCGCUUGGCAGAAGCAUCUCAGGCAAAAGGUCUGAAAGGAUGUCAAAUUUUUUCAUCAAAGGCCACGACUGACUUCGCAUCGGAAAGGCGACAUAUUUCAUGCUACUUGAGCGAAUCCAGCACAGCAUAGCAAAUGUCUGCGCGGGACUUCCGUGAUCAUCUGUAAUCUAUCAGCGCAAUAGUCGGCGUCUUGUCGUCACGCUUACAAGCCGAUACAUCACCCAUGCUUCCCAUAACCAUUUACCUCAUGUCUUUAACAAUUUCAGGAGAAGCCUGAUGUCCUUCACAUCCGUCUCCUCCUCCGCAACGGGCUCAAUGUUGCUGCCACCAGCAUCGCGAACCACGCCCUGGCUUGCAGCCUUUGCGAAUGUUGUCUUCUGUCCUUCAAACAUCUCUUCCACCACACGCUCUUGCUCAAGUCUGCUGACUUCAGCAUUUGCAGUCUUCUCAUCAUUGCUCACCGCGCCAUCGACGGCAUCAGCGGCUGUGGGAGCAAGCACGGUAUACACGACUUUGACGUCGUCAGUGGGGACCAAUCCAGCACGUUUUCGUAAUCGCUGAAUACGAUUCAGCACCUCUCGAGCAAGACCUUCUUGCGCAAGCUCUGGGUAAGCGAAGGCAUCAAGCAGAACCAUCACAUCAGGAUCAAUGGCAGCUUCGAUGUUCUCUGUCUCCUUUGUCUUCUUGACAUUGCGCUGAACACGAAGAUCUUGUUCGACCAGCUCGUGUCCCUCGACAGUGAUGCUACCAGUGUCGAGGAAUUUUCGAAUCUCUUCCGCAGAUAACUUCGGUAACGCAUCCUUGAUCUUCUUGGCAUCCUUCUUGAACUUCUGUCCAAGGUUCUUGACGUCAGCCAACACCGAAU